GGGAGGGAAAAGAGGUGUGUGUUGUGGGGGGUAAAGGAUAUAUAGACACCUCAUCCUUACUUAUGAGUGACUAUUAACAUACUCAUCUAGCUCACACAGACACACACUGACAUACAAACACCACUCACAUUAAAUCAGAUUCCUGCACACAGAGGAAGGAAGAGAGCGGAGAGGAAAAGACAGGGAUGCUCUUAGCAGGUGCCAAAAACUGAGUUGAGAGAGAGAGACAGUGGCAUGGAGGACUAAAGCAUUCAGUCAGGUUUUAAAAGCUCCUCGAACUAUUAUUGAUUUUUUGUGUGUCUUUUUAUUUCCAUGCUUCUCUUUUCUUUAUCUGUGUUUGAGUGUAAUUUUGUUCAUCUAAAUCUAUUUUACCCACUCUAGCGGUGCAUUUGGGGCCAUUAUCAGUUGCACCAUGCUGUGCUCCUCUGUAUUUGUGGUGCUUCUAGUGCUUCUGGCCAAUCCGGUGCCAGGCCACACCCGAACCCUUCACACACCUGACAAAGCCAUGCAGGUCAUUGAGCAGUUCCUUGAGCGCUACAAUGACCUUUUGACCCUUGAUGAUCUUGAGAACCUCACGAGUGACCAGUCAGAAGAGCCCAUGCAGACCUUCAGCUCUGGGCUAAAGGGAGCAGAAUACCCCAAGUGGAUUGACAUACCUGUGCAGAGUGAGAAUGCCUGGCUCCGCCUCUUGAAGGGGGCUUUGGCCAAUCAGAAGAGAGCUCCACCAGACCGAUUACGGAGGGGUUGGAACCGAGGCUGUUUUGGCCUGAAACUGGAUCGGAUUGGCUCUAUGAGUGGCCUUGGCUGCUAAUAAUGAACUGAGAGACGGACCGAGAUGAUGAGAUGACUGUUGUCCCUCUUACCUUAUGUAGAGGUCAUUACCGAAUUCUAGUCAGGUUUUGGACCCCGUGAAAAGAGUUAGGUGGACAAAUUCAUUAUAUUGUGCUUUUCAAUAUACUUAUUUUUACAUUGGAUUUUAAGUCAGUUGUUGCUUGUAUAUUUAAUUUAUUUCUCAAAGAAGGUAGCAAGAAUUAAGUGUUUACUUUGUUCCUUGAGAUGUAGAUGAGAUACAGUCAUUUUGAUAAUCUGCUAGUAGUUUACUAAUAAGUAAAGAUCUUAAAGUAAUGUCUCAGAUAGCCUAAUGCAUGAUUUACAGAAAAUAAACAUAUACUGCUCCCCUUCUGUGCUUGUUGCAUGAAUAAAAUUUCUGCCACAUCAA